AUGAACAUCGCGCUCAUCUUCUUGCCCGCGGCCGACAUUCCUACUUUUGUCGGCGAAGGUAAGUGUGACUUGGGAAUCACCGGCCUAGACCAGGUCAAAGAGGCCGACAUGUUCGAUUCGGUAGCAGACUUGUUGGACUUGGAGUUUGGCAAGUGCAAGUUGCAAGUGCAGGUUCCGGCCAACGGCGACAUCGACAAGCCCGAACAGUUGGUGGGCAAGAAAAUCGUUUCGUCCUUCACCAGAUUGUCCAGCAAUUACUUUGAGGAGUUGGAAAAGCAGGUGGGCCACGAGCAAGGCGCAACCAAAAUCAAGUUUGUGGGCGGCUCGGUGGAAGCAUCGUGUGCCUUGGGCGUGGGUGACGCCAUUGUGGAUCUUGUGGAAAGUGGAGAAACAAUGAAAGCCGCAGGACUUAAAGCCAUAUCCACCGUGUUGGAAACUUCAGCACACUUGAUCUCCUCCAGAAAGCCCCGCUUCCCCGACAUUGUCCAGACCGUGCACCAGAGAUUCGAAGGAAUCAUGGCUGCCCAGAGGUUUGUCUUGUGCAACUACAAUGCGCCAAGAUCGAUUGUGCCCGAGGUUUUGAAAAUCACUCCGGGCAAAAGAGCCGCCACCAUUUCUGCUUUGGAAAAUGUCUCUGCCGACAGCGAGCCGUGGGUGGCCAUUUCGUCGAUGGUGGAAAAGAAGAAGAUCAGUGAUGUCAUGGACGAGUUGAAGAAGGCCGGGGCCUCUGACAUUUUGGUGUUUGACAUCAACAACUGCAGAGUUUGA